UGGUCAGAGGAGUGUGCGUCACAGUUUUUCAGAGGCAGAGACGAGGACGAGACAGAGAGAGGGAGAGAGAGUGAGUGAGGGAGUGUGCGUGUGAGGGUGAGAAAGAAGAGGAAAGAGAAACGAGAAAGAAGAGAAAGAGACGAGGACAGAGAGAGGAGCUCCUCCUGAUGGAGUCCUGCAGAAAGCCCUGGCUUCCUCUGCUGCUCCUGCUGCUGCCCUCACUGCAGACCUGCACCACAACGACCAACACACAGUUAUGUAACCAGGACGUGGACGGCUCCAUAUUUGAUUAUGGAGCGAAAACUAUGAAUGGGAGUUACGUUCCUUUGCGUCAGUAUGCUGGGAAGUACGUCCUCAUCGUGAACGUGGCCAGCUUCUGAGGACUUACCUUCCAGUAUGUGGAACUGAAUGCACUACAUGAUGAACUGAGGCAUCUGGGCUUCACCAUCCUCGGAUUUCCUUGCAACCAAUUCGGGUUACAAGAGCCCGGGUCCAAUAAUGAAAUCUUGGCCACCCUAAAGCAUGUCCGUCCAGGCGACGGCUUCGUUCCAAAUUUCCAGCUAUUUGAAAAAGGCAAUGUGAAUGGAGAGAAGGAGCAAAGCCUGUUCACCUUCCUGAAGAACGCCUGCCCACCUGUGGGCGACAGCUUCGGGAACCCCACCAACAGGCUGUUCUGGGAUCCGCUGAAGGUCAGCGACAUUAAGUGGAACUUCGAGAAGUUUCUGGUCGGACCGAACGGGAAGCCUUUGAUGAGGUGGUUUCCGAGGGUGAAAGUCUCUGAAGUCCGAAACGAGAUCAUCCGUCUGUUCAGUCAACAGUAUUCCAAACACUAAUCGACUCCAGAAUCUAAUAUGAUUUAGACUAAUCCUGUUCUGUGUCUAUUUACCAUGUUCCAGUGAACCACAAUGUCAAAAAAACAACCUUUUAUAAAUGAGAGAAUUACAAGGUUCUUCACUUCCAGUCCUGAAGGGCCACAGAGCUGAACAGGUCUUGGUGAACCGAGUCAGGCCUGUCUGGGUGAGGAAACCUCUGAACUGUCCAGCUCCGUCACCGUUCAGGACUGGCUGUGAAGAAUGCUGCUUUAGACUGAGGAGAAGAGUGAGUCAGGUCACCCGGCAGGGCUGGCUGGUGGAGCUGGAGAUGGGAUGUGUUGAUGAAGGUCAGGUUUGAAAGCAGACUCUCUGCAAAGCCUGACCGGAGGCUCGGGGCCAGAGCGGCUCUUCAGUGCAUUCAGGCUGCUCUGCUGCUUCCCUUUAGCCACGUCCAUCCUCCUGGCCUGACCACUCAGCCCUGCUCAAGCCUGUCUGGACAUCCUGUCAAUAAAGUUUUCAGCGCAA